UUCUGAGAAAAAGACUGAAAGUGUCCGCCCUCUUGAAACGGGACACGUAACUCCUCCCUCUGUCUCACGGCUGCAAAACCUAAAGAAAACAGAAUAUCCAUUUCUCUGCAUAUCAUCAAAACCCUAGGCGAUCCAUCUCUGCCCACAAAAUCAGUGCCAAUCAUUGACAUGGAGCGAGGAUUUUUGGUAUCUGUGUGAAGUUUUGGUAUUUGGAGGAAUGCAUUUUAGGUACGGUAGCAUUGGGGGGAGGGAGUUGGGUUUGUUUACCCACGUUUGAUGAUUUCGUAGUUUGAUGGCGUCGUCGAAGCUCAUGGCUUCUCGGAAUUCGGAGAUCAAUCGGAAAGGCUCGGGUUGUAAUUCUACUGCGGAUUUUCUUAGACUUGAUAGCGGAGGGGGAGGAAGCAAUGCUCCCGAUAAUUUGGCGUCUGAUUCGGUGAUGGCGGAGGGGUUUUUGAGGAAUGAGUACGUGGAAGGGAAAUUGAAUAGGGAUCGGGGUCGGAGGCAGGUAGUGGAGUCGGAGAGUGAUUCAGGUACUCGGUUGAAUGCGGAGGCUGGGCUUCUAGAUUCGGUUGGUGGUUCUACGACUAACAGCGACGGCGAGAGGCCGGAGCCGCCGAGGGCAGUUAGGAAGACGGUGGAUGAUGUGUGGAGAGAAAUCGUGGCGGGGAAGAAGACCGCACAUAAGCCGAAGGAGGAGAUGAUGACUUUGGAAGAUUUUUUGGCGAAGGCUGGGGCGACGGAGGAGGAGGAGGAGGAGGAAGAGGAAGAGGAGGCGACGCCAAAGAAGAGAUUUGUGGAUGUGAAGGAGGAAGGAUUCAGUGGGGGAUUUUCUGUUUACAAGAGUAAUUCGGUGAUUGCUGGAUCCGUAGCAAGUGUUGGGAUGGAUGUUGGUGGGUUAGGGGGAGGCAGAGGAAAGAGGAGUUUGAGUUUGUUGGAGCCAUUGGAUAAGGCAGCACUGCAAAGGCAGAGAAGAAUGAUCAAGAAUAGGGAGUCUGCGGCGCGAUCGAGAGAGCGGAAGCAGGCCUAUCAAGUGGAGUUGGAAACGAUGGCAGUGAGACUUGAGGAAGAGAAUGAUCGACUGUUAAAGGAGAAGGAAGAGCGGAGAAAGAAACGACUUAAGCAGCUCCUGAAGAAUGUGAUCCCUGUAACUGAGAAGCAAAGGCCUCCACGGCGUCACCUUCGAAGAGUCCGCUCCAUGCAGUGGUAAUCCUUCCCAACACCUCACUAAAACUCUAUUCCCCAAUUCUGUUGCAAGGCAAAAGAUAAAAGAAACAGAAUCAUGACCAGAACACCACACAACGCCUUAAUCAUAAUAUCUCUAGUAGAUUAAAUUACUACCACUGUUAGUUGCUGUAAAUCCCUAAAUGCCGGCAAUAGAAAUAUGGAAAGUUGUUACAUUUAGGAACCACAACAACACAAUUGCUGCCUGAAUUACUUAUAUUUGUAUUUUUUCCUUCUAUAUAUAGUUAGUUUAUUAAUUGUCAUGUAAUGAUCUUAUUAUUUAUGCCUAUUAGGCUCCAGUUAGAUUGGUAAACUAAUUCUGUAUUUUCUGUCUUAA